AUGGAGUUUGAUACAAGCUUUAGAGAGGAUUUCUCUUUCCUUUCAAGCCUUUUCUCUGAUAAUAUUUUUGAUUCUACCUUUAAACCUGACUUUGGAAAUGGGCUUUUUCCUCCCUUGCCUGAUGGUUCUUCAUCAUCAUCAGCUUCUUCUUCCAAAGGGUUGCUUCACAACUUUAUCCUUAAUCCUGACCAUACCGAGCAAUCAACUCCUAAUGUUGAAAAUGCUUCUCUUUUGGAUAACCCUGACCAUUUUAAUCAAUUUUCAAUUGAUGGGUCCUCAAAGAAUCCGUUUUUCGGGGUUUCCUCGACAUGCACUGAUCCUUUCGAGCCUUACAGCGGUGGAUUUUCGACUGAUCUCAAUGCUUAUAUCCCUUCCUUGCCCUUUGCACCAGAUGAUGGUGUGAAUAAUAAUAGCAUCUUCCAGGGUUUUGAGAGUGAAGGCUGCUGGGAUUUUUCUCAGAAUAAAGCUUCAGCUCAACCCCUGCCUGAAACUGAUCAUAGUUAUCAUCAACAGCCUCCGAAUUUUCAAGAUGAUCAACAACCACCAAUGACUGCUAAGUUGGCUGAUGAAGGCUCAUGCGUCACAGCAGAUCAAAAUGGGAAUUAUCAAGACAAAGUUGAUCAGCAGGAGAACAAAAGGUUCUCCGAUGCCAGAAAAGUUAGCAAACCUAUUGUGAAAACUGAUAUAAUCAAAGGCCAAUGGACUCCUGAAGAGGACAGAUUGCUUGUGCAGUUGGUAACAAGGCAUGGAACAAAGAAAUGGUCUCAAAUUGCAAACAUGCUGAAUGGAAGAGUGGGAAAGCAGUGUAGAGAGAGGUGGCAUAACCAUCUAAGGCCUGAUAUCAAGAAGGAUUCAUGGAGCGAAGAAGAAGAUAAGCUACUCAUUCAAUUACAUAAAGAAAUAGGAAACAAGUGGGCUGAGAUAGCCAAGAGACUCCCAGGACGCACUGAGAACACUAUAAAGAAUCAUUGGAAUGCAACUAAGCGAAGGCAAUGCUCAAGGCGCAAAGGCAAAUACGCCCACCCCAAAGGCUCUCUUUUGCAAACCUACAUCAAGUCAGUGAGCUCAACGACCUCAACCCGAAAAGACAAAGGGAACAGGGUGCUGGAAAUUACCAAUCCUGAAAUGAAAUCAAAUCAACUCGAAACCUCGGAUUUCAACCCAACAGAUUGGCCAGUUGUAGCUUGUAAUGAUAAAGCAGGUGAUCAUCAUCAGCCCAUGAGUUUCUCUUUCGACGCAAAUGUUUUUCCUGAUUGUAAUCAAAGCUGCACUGCUAGCUUGGGAUCGAUGCAUGAAGAAGCUAACCCCUGUGGUUCUGUUGUUGAAGAGAGCAAUGCCAUGGAUUAUGAGGUUACCCUAGAAAUGGAUUCCUUGAAAAAGCAGCUGGAUUUGCUGGAGAUGAUCUCUCAAGGAAAUCUCUAG